UUUGAUUUCUUUAACCGAUAAAAAACAAUUUCUUCACAGUAAAAACAGUCGACAAUGACGAAACAACCCUGCAAAUUCACCGUAAGACUUCUGGCAUCGGUGGUAAUUGUGUUAAUUUCCAAGGCAAGCCAUGUUAAUUGCGAUGAAGUGAAAGGAGAUUCCACUACUGAAACUAGACAUUCUGACAUUCCCCCAUUUGACCCAACGCUCGUGACUGUAGCUCAGGGCCAAAUUCGAGGCUACAAAGAGAGCGCUUCAAAUGGUAAAGAAUUCUACUCGUUCCGAGGAAUCCCUUACGCCAAACCGCCUCUUGGUGACUUGAGGUUUGAGCCGCCGCAGGAACCAGAGAGCUGGGAAGGUGUCCUGCUUGCAGUGGAGGACCCUCCAUCUUGUCCGCAGAUAGACAUGGUGGCGGUGUAUAGCGGAGGAGGACCUACGUAUAAAGGCGACGAAGAUUGCCUUUUUCUUAAUGUCUUCUCGCCAAUGCCUAAUGUAGAUGACAGCUCUUUGAUUCCCGUGAUGGUUUUCAUCCACGGAGGAGCUUACCAGCGCGGCAAUGCUGCCGAAUAUCAGCCGUACGCUCUCAUGAGCAAAGACAUCGUGCUUGUUGUCAUCCAGUACCGAGUGUCGACCUUAGGUUUCUUAUCGACUGAAGACGACGUAGCGCCAGGCAACAUGGGCAUCCUGGACCAAACAGCGGCGCUCAGCUGGGUGCAGAGGAACGCGCCCAGCUUCAAAGGCAACCCUCUGCAGAUCACCAUAUUCGGCGAGAGCGCAGGAGGCGCUUCUGUGCAUCUGCAGAUGCUCUCUCACGCUUCAUUAGGACUUUUCCACCGAGCAAUCAUUCAGUCCGGCACCGCAAUAUCGUCGUGGGCUGUAGCCCCCAAACACCGCGAGGUCGCUUACCACAUGGCCAAGCUCCUCGACUGCGGCACCAGCAGUAAUAUUGAACCAAAAAUUAAGUGUACUCGCGAUGAAAAUAAUCCCUUCCAGUACGAGAGCUGCUUGGUUGACCAACUGCCUUCUUCAGCCGUACUGAAGUGUCUGAGAGCCGCCUCAGCUGAGACCCUAAUAAAAUUGAGCUCAGCUCUCUGGCAAGUCGCAUCGUUCCCUCUACUGAUGGCCCCGCGCGUGGAUAAGAACCUCCUGCUAAAAGAUCCGCUGCAACUCGUGAAGGAGCAUCGCAGCAAGAAGAUCGACAUCAUGUUGGGUGUCACCAAAGAUGAAGGAUCUAUUUGGUCAAAAUCAAUAUUCGUGAACGAAGCACUCCGGUCGAAAUUGAGGACCCAGUUCUCGCAAACAGCGCCGGUGCUGCUGGACUUUGGAGAAGGUGACGUCGCCCCUCUGAACCUGACCAACAAACUUUUCGACCGUUAUGUGGGCAACGUGGACUUCGAGAUUGAAUCUCUUGACGAAUUGACUGCCUUGUUGGGCGACCGCCUGAUGUGGUACCCGUCCGACUCCCUGGCGCACUACCUCGCAUCAGACCCGGUCUCUCCGCGCAGGGGCAAGAAGCUCUUCGUGUACGAGUUCGCUUACCUGUCCAAGACGCGCGGCGAUUCCAUAUUCGACAUGGGCAUAAAGAAGCGCUACGUGCAGCACACGGAGGACUUGAUUUAUUUGUUCUCGGGUCCUUUCGAUCACCCGUGGCUGGCGCCGGAACUAACGUCGGCAGAAGACCUCGCGAUGAGAGACCUUAUGGUCGAUAUGUGGACCAAUUUCGCCAUUACUGGAAACCCCACACCCGACGGCCACCCUGUUGAAUGGCGACCCUACACCACCGACUCUCCUCAUCAUCUCGUCAUAGACCAGGUUCCGGCGAUGGAUGAAUCCGACCCCAAGAAAGAGCUUCGGGAAUUUUGGCGACAGCUUCCACUGAAAAUAAACCUUGUUCUGUUUCCCGAGUUGGUGACCAACUUAACGGAGAUUGCGACAGAAAAAUACAGCACUCAUGGUACAACAGACGCUGGGAACAGGCAAGCGGUCCCGCUGCCGGACUCUGAGAAAAAAAAAGAUGCUUCAUCUGAGGAAAUGCUUGAAGAUAAAGAUGGUGGAUGGAAAAAUCCUGAAGAUCCGAAUAGGGAAAUGGCUCGGGAUGAAUUAUAAUUACCCAGCCGGCGUUGCCCGGGAUUGAAAAUCCAAGCAAUGUAAGAAUCCCGUAAUCCCAAAUACCCCAUUCACAUAAUACCUACAAUAAUUGCAAAGGUUAAUUUAUACUAAAUAAAGAAAACCCCAAUGAAGCCCAAAUUUUACGAAGAACAUAGAAUUCCAGCUAACUCUCAUUUCAAAUCGGAAAAAAUGUCCGUUUUAUGAAUUAUUGCUCAUGAACAGAAUUAAAAAUAAAAUUUUAAUUUUGGAUAGAACCUAUUCCUUCUAGUUUUGCAAUGCCAUAAUACUCUCUCAUAGAGAAUGAAAUUUUAAAACUAUUACAUACGUCUUCUUGUGUCGUAAAAAAUAGCUCGAUAAUUGUUGCAAUAAUUAUUGACCACCAGCCGACGUGGUGGGCGAUUUCCAUCAGUAAUUAUUUCGUACGUUCAAGUCGUAAGCACGGUUACUUAAAUAUAUUUUACAUAUACCUCAGACAUACAUGAGCAGGAUUACCUCCUUUGCGGAUUCACUCAUAUUUCUCGCCCGUUGAUUCAUGCUGCUCGAUUUUUGCCGUCGCAUUCCUUUUUUGUGUUUUAAAGAUGGUUUCAGGUUUGUAUGUUCUUAUGAAUUUUUUAAUUGAACUUGACGACGGCUGAAAACGUAUGAAUUCACUGCAGGAAUUGAAAAAUUUCUUAGUCCAAACUGCUUAGUAUCAUUUCUAAGCUGAAACCUGAAAAAUUUAUUUAGGUUCUUGACUACGUAGCUGCUAAAAAUUUUCCAUUUUCUCAUAAAUAGUAUUUGCAAUUUGUACUAGGGCAUCUCGUACGGAAUUUAAUAUAUCUGUCACUAUUAGAUUGGGAAUACGUUCAACACCGACUGUUAAAGCAUGUCAAGAAAUAAUCCAUUAAAACAUCAUGUGCGGUUUGAGAUUUAUAUAUAUACUGUUAAAAGCCCUUUAUAUUUUUAUUUAAUAAAUUUUUUAUUCACCUUGAAGCUUCGUUCAAUGAUUCUAACUAGACGUUACUUGAGUGUUAUAAACUAUGUGAGAGAUAUAUUUUUUCUAUGCUGCUUCAUGGUCAAACGGUCUAAUUUUUUAAAUUGAAUAUAAUUUUCCCCGGCUUGUUUUUUUCAACCACCACAAUUUCUUAAACCACCACAGUUUCUUCUACCACCAAAG